UCUGUGGUCUCCGCGUCUUCAGAACCCGACACAAUCAAAAUGUCCACAAAUAUUGAGUCCAACUCUUUGUCCAAACGAAGACAUAUUAUUGGCAUUGAAUCCAAAGUCAUCGGAAAGAAGAAGACUUUAAUCAGACUUUUAGAAAAUGGAGGCACUGUUGAGGAAGAGGUCAUUAAUAACAAUAAUUGCUGUAUUAGUGACGAAGAUUUGCUACGUUUGGGUGAUAUUGGACUUCAGAUUCAUAAACAUUACGGAAACGCAAGAGAUAUAGAAUGGGGUCUAAAAGGGGGCCAAAUAUUUAUGCUUCAGUCGAGACCCGUAACUAAUUUAGACAAUUCUUACACCGAUUACGAGGUUAUGCAUGAAAUGGAUAGCCCACAUCAAACAGAGUUUGAGAUCUACUCUCGAGCCCAUUGGGGUGAGAACUUUCCCGGCUCAUCAUCAUGGUUGGUCUUCACGUGGACUUUUGCCAACAAAAGCGGAUUUUUUCGCUUUGGUAUGGAAGACGGGAAAGUGACUGAAGACGACUACAAUCCUUACACUCUAGGAAUGGGUGUUCAAUACAAUCAACUGAUGUUCAACAUGACUAACGGAGGCUUUGAUCUAUUCAGUCAAUACCCCGAAUCAGAUCAGGCGAGACAAAUGGUGUUAGCCUUCUUCGGCCAUCAGAUCGAAGACAAGGAUGUGUUGGAUUCGUUCAAAGAGCUGAAACAAGAAGUCAAAAGUCAAUCGUUUUACUUCAAAGUGAGAGGUUUUUUCAAAAUGUUUCAUAUGUUGGUCUUCGGGCCCUCAGAACUGAUCCGAACAAAGAAGGAAUACAUCGAUGAUAUGAAAUACGAUUUGGUAGAGCGGCUGAAGGAGUUUCCCGACGCCAAGCGGAUUAUGACCGGCAUUAUUGCCAAUUACGAGAUAAUAGCGAACGUUCAGUUCAAGAAUCACGGCCCGGCGUCCAUUGGCUCCACCAUUAAGCACCUGCUUCUCCACAAUGCACUUCAGGGGGCGAAGAAAAAUAAUUCAGAAUUGGAGUCGGAUUUCAAUUUAUUGAUCUCAUCGUGUAAUGAAGUGAUCAGCGCUGAAGUGCCUAACAGUUUGCGUGAAAUCGCAAAGUCUAUUGAAGAUAAGCAAUGGUUCCGACAAUUGAGUGAUGAGAAGGCGUUGACGACUCUUAUGGAGGGCACGGAUGAGAGCUCCCGAAGGUUUAAAGCGUUUCUGGAGAAACACGGCCACAGAGGCUACCGAGAGUUUGAUCCCAUGCAUCUGCCCUGGGGUGACAAUCCUAUACCUGUGAUCAAAAAUAUUAAGGCAAUACUAUCGGGCAGUGAAUCACAAUUGGUGCCAAAAAUUGCCAAAUCCGUGGACCAAGUGAUGGAUGAGCUGAAGACUCCGCUGACGUUUAGUCGAAAAUUAUUGAUCAAAAAACUAUUGCUUCCGUGGAGUAGGAAUGGCGUCGGAUAUCGAGNCGGAUAUCGAGAGCUGUCCAAGUAUUUCAUGAUUUGGAUGAAUAACAAACAGAGACAGGGAUUCCGUUAUUUGGCGAAACAGAUGGUUAGGGAAGGACUCAUCCCAACCGUCGACACAUUCUUCUAUCUGACGGCCGAAGAAAUGGAGAGUUUGUCGAAUGGGAGCAGAGAUCCGAUGAUAUUCUCGAAAGUGAGACAACGGCGAAGACUUUAUCCAAAAAUGGAUAAAUACAAGUUCGAAGAGUUCACUAAAGGACCCGAAAUGAAACCCAGAAAUUUUGAGGACCGCAUUAUUCCUCCAGUUUUGAGCUCAGGUAUGGUUCAGAUGAAGGGAACGCCUGUUAGUAAUGGAUCUGUAAAAGCGAGAGUUUGUGUGUCUGAAGAUAUAACAGAAGCUGACAAUAUUCAGCCGGGAGAUAUCCUGAUCACGUACUCGACGGACAUCGGUUGGAGUCCAUACUUCCCAUUACUUUCGGGUAUAAUCACAGAAAUCGGUGGAACGAUAUCUCACGGGGCAGUCAUUGCCCGCGAAUACGGGAUCCCGAGUCUGAUAGCAGUGGAGGGCGCGUGUCGUGCCUUCAGGACCGGCGAUAUCUGUCUAUUGGACACUAAGACACAGACCAUCACUAAAGUCGAGUAAACCUAAUACCAAAUAAUAGG